CACAGAGCAGCACAUACAGGACAGCGUUAGAAUAUACCAGAGAAAGAGGGCAAAUCUUUAAUCACUGCCCCUGAAUGCAGCGUGCAAAAGGGAUCCAUAAAAUCCCCUUAUCACCCUCCCCGGCCCCUUUUGUGUUUUCCUGCCAACGCAGCAGGCCUCCUGCUAUAUAGACCUACUGGGGCUGGCCGCUUCCAAUGUACUGAGCUCGCAAGGUCUGUGUCAACCGGCCAUGGGGAAGAUCACUUUCUACGAGGACAGGAGCUUCCAGGGCCGCUGCUACGAGUGCAGCAGCGACUGCCCCAACCUGCAGACCUACUUCAGCCGCUGCAACUCCAUCCGCGUGGACAGCGGCAGCUGGAUGCUCUAUGAGCGUCCCAACUACCAGGGCAACCAGUACCUACUGCGGCGCGGGGAAUACCCCGACUACCAGCAGUGGAUGGGCCUCAGCGACUCCAUCAGCUCCUGUCGCCUCAUCCCCCAACAGGCAGGCUCCCACCGGAUACUGCUAUAUGAGAGGGAAGACCACAAGGGCCUCAUGGUGGAGCUAACCGAGGACUGCUCCUGCAUACAGGACCGUUUCCACCUCAAUGAGUUUCCCUCCCUCCAUGUGCUGGAGGGCUGCUGGGUCCUCUAUGAGAUGCCCAACUACAGGGGACGGCAGUAUCUACUGCGGCCCCAAGAGUACAGGCACUACCAGGACUGGGGAGCCGUGGACGCUAAGGCAGGCUCUUUGAGAAGGGUGGUGGAUUUAUACUAAAAUAGGUUAACACUUCCAUUUUCUCAUUUUGGAACCUAAUAAAGUAUUUAGUCUGUAUUGUCGGCAA